AUGUUGUCAAGACUACGAUUGAUCAAGACCUUCUCCAGAUCCAUUUACGUCAAUCAUGAUCUCCAGUUGCAACUAUCUACCGCUAAGCAUGUACCAGUGAUAGUCAUUGGUGGAGGGCACGCUGGAUGUGAAGCAGCUACUGGGGCUGCCAGAUCAGGUGCCCAAACGAUGUUAAUCACUCCCCAUAUAGACAAAAUAGGUACAGCUUCAUGUAACCCGUCGAUCGGAGGUGUGGGCAAAGGAACGUUAAUUCGAGAGGUGGACGCCUUAGACGGUGUGGCCGGUCGAAUUACCGAUAAGGCCGGGAUCCAUUUCAAAAUGCUUAAUUCUUCGAAAGGUCCAGCAGUCCAGGGACCCCGAGCUCAAAUAGAUAGAAAGAUUUAUCUAGAAGAGAUGCAACGAGAGAUCUUGAACUAUCGUAAUCUUGAAGUUCUCGAAGCUCUGGUGGAAGAUAUCAUCAUAGAGCCAACAUAUGGUGACUGUGACAAUUUUGAUUCCACUGGCAGAAGCCAGGGUAAGGUAUUGGGGGUAAUACUUGGUGAUGGUACCAUCAUCAACUGUCCCAAUGUAGUGGUCACCACUGGAACCUUUUUAGGUGGGGAAAUCCAUAUCGGUCUUACAGCGUAUCCAUCAGGAAGAAUAGGUGAAGCAGCUACCUUUGGAUUGAGUGAAACCUUCAAACAAGCAGGGUUCCGUUUAGGAAGAUUGAAAACUGGGACUCCUUGUAGAUUGCUGUCUAAAACGAUUGAUUAUACUCAUUUGACAGAACAACCUUCGGAUUGUCCACCGGAACCCAUGUCGUUCAUGAACGAUACAGUUGCGCUUCAAGACCAAUUGGUUACGUGCCAUAUGACCAGAACCACUCCGGAGAUGCACAAGUUGAUCAAUGACAGUUUACAUAUGACUAUCCACAUCAGAGAGUCGGUGAAGGGACCAAGAUAUUGUCCUUCCAUUGAGUCCAAGAUCAUCAAGUUCCCGCAGAAGGAGUCUCAUUUGGUUUGGUUGGAACCAGAGGGCUUGGACACAGACUUGGUGUACCCCAAUGGGAUCUCAUGUACUUUACCUGCUGAGAUUCAAGAACAGAUGGUGAAGUUGAUGCCUGGAUGUGAGAAUGUCACCAUGGUUCAACCAGGGUACGGGGUUGAAUACGACUAUAUCGAUCCUCGAGAAUUGAACAGAACAUUGGAGACUAAACUAGUCCAGGGUUUAUUCUUAGCUGGUCAAAUCAAUGGUACCACUGGUUACGAAGAAGCAGCUUCUCAAGGGUGUCUUGCCGGGAUCAAUGCCGGACUUAAAUACUUGGGGAAACCUGCGUUCGAAAUCAAACGUUCAGAAGGUUACAUUGGAGUUUUGGUCGAUGAUCUUAUCACCAAGGGAGUUGAAGAACCCUACAGAAUGUUCACUUCACGGUCGGAGUUUAGAAUCUCCGUGAGAGCUGAUAACGCCGAUAUGAGACUUACUGCUAGGGGGUAUGAAGCAGGAGUAGUGUCACAACAAAGAUAUGACCAUUACAUCAAGGAAAUGACCCAGUUUCAAAACAUAAAGGACCAUUUAACAAGCUUGGAGUUAUCUGGUGCCAAAUGGAAACCAGCACUUUCUGGAGCUCAACUGGAUUUGAAGAGACAAACCGUAGUUAAUGGGUGGAAAUUGUUAUCUUAUAAAGAUGUUCAUUUCGAUGACGUCCUUGCAUCUAUGGACAAGUUCACUAGUGAUGGGUUAAUUCCAGAUUAUUAUGAUUCAAUGAGUCAAAGAUUGAUCAGACGCAUUGGGAUCGAAAGUACCUAUGAUCCUUGGUUGCAGAAGGAAAAACAUCAUGUUAAAGCAUUUGAAGCUGAUGAAUCAUUGCUCUUGCCCCAAAACUAUACUUAUUCUGUUGAUGACGGAGGAAUGAAACUCUCCUAUGAAGUAUGUCAUUUGCUUAAUACCGUUCAACCAGUAACUAUCGGUCAAGCAAGACAAAUCCAAGGUAUAACCCCAACUGCAAUCUUUGAAUUGUAUAAAUUAGUAAGAAACAAACAGAGCCAGUUUGCUUCAAGUUAA